GGCGCGGCGCGGGCGGCGGAGCGGCAUGGCGACCACCGUCAGCACGCAGCGCGGGCCGGUGUACAUCGGCGAGCUCCCACACGACUUCCUGCGCAUCGCGCCCACGCAGCAGCAGCAGCAGGUGCAGCUGGACGCGCAGGCCGCCCAGCAGCUGCAGUACGGAGGGGCGCUGGGCACGGUGGACCGCCUCAACAUCACCGUGGUGCAGGCCAAGUUGGCAAAGAAUUAUGGCAUGACCCGCAUGGACCCAUACUGCCGGCUGCGCCUGGGCUACGCGGUGUACGAGACGCCCACGGCCCACAACGGCGCCAAGAACCCGCGCUGGAAUAAAGUCAUUCACUGCACGGUGCCCCCGGGCGUGGACUCCUUCUACCUGGAGAUCUUUGACGAGCGAGCCUUCUCCAUGGACGACCGCAUCGCCUGGACACACGUCACGCUUUCCGAGGCCCUGAAGCAGGGCGAGGUGGAGGACAAGUGGCACUGCCUGAGCGGGCGGCAGGGUGACGACAAGGAGGGCGUCAUCAACCUGGUCAUGUCCUUCUCGUCACUGCCGGCGACCAUGGUGAUGCCACCUCAGCCUGUGGUCCUGAUGCCCACCGUGUACCAGCAGGGCGUUGGCUACGUGCCCAUCACAGGAGUGCCCGCCGUGUGCAGCCCUGGCAUGAUGCCCAUGGCCUUGCCCCCGGCAGCUGUGAGCGCCCCGCCCCGCUGUAACGAGGAGGACCUGAGGGCCAUCCAGGACAUGUUCCCCAACAUGGACCGCGAGGUGAUCCGCUCCGUGCUGGAAGCCCAGAGAGGGAACAAGGACGCCGCGGUCAACUCUCUGCUCCAGAUGGGCGAGGAGUCCUAGACCACGCCCCUCGCUGCCAAGUCAUCCUCGCCUCAGCCCUUGGACCGCCCACCCUGGGUUCCCGGGGCACUGUCCCAACAAGAGUCCUGUGCAAGAGCCUGCGCAACCCUCCCUCCCUCCCGCCGCCUCCCACAACUGCCGCACGGUCUGGGGCAGCUGCUCUGCAGUCCGCCGGGGCGGGGCCCUCCUCACUCUGGAGGGAGAUGAGCAGAUGCUCCCCUUCUCCCCCUGGGGACGCGCCUGA